ACCCUGGUAAUCAAAAUGGCGAUCGUACUUUUCCGAAAUAUCACGGUGGAGCCAGUGCUUUUUCUAUACAUGCUCUGCAUUUUUAUGUCGUUCCCCCUUGUGCAGCAGCUUGCUUUCCAGAAGAUAUGCGAUGCAGAAUAUGACGCCGAAUCUUGCGGUAACCUCACCACCUCACAGGAAAAUUUUGUUCACAAGAAGACCUCGAAGUGGAUUUUAUAUCAGUCUGUGUCUUCGAUGCUUCCUUCCAUUGCAGCCUCUCUGAUCCUCGGUUCCUGGUCAGAUCAAGUCGGCCGUAAGACUGUGCUCAUUCUACCGUCCAUUGGGAGUGUUCUGCUUUACAUUAAUUACAUGCUGAAUGUGGGUUUUUUCUCACUGAAUGUUGAUUACCUACUUAUUGGGUCGUGCAUCUCGGGUUUCUUUGGCGGAUUCGCCACAACACUUCUUGGUGUCUUCUCGUACAUAUCUGAUAUAACUGAUGAAUCCCAGCGUACGACGAGAGUAGCUGUGUUGGAAUCCAUGAUAUUCUUGGGAGGUACUGUCGGUAACCUUAUUGGGGGAGUGCUUGUAGAGCAUGGUGGCUACAUGGCGGCCUUUGGUCUGUGCUUAGGCUUGAAUGUUCUGAUAAUAGCUUACGUCGGUCUCAUUCUUCCUGAGUCUUACUUUCCUGAUUCAAAUCAGCAAGAAAGCUGGGCUUUGGUAGCGGUACACAAUCACAUCAAGGCAUCAUUCAAAGUCUUAACUAAAAAACGACCUCAACACCGAAGACUAAAUUUGCUGGUUAUCAUGUUUGGAAUAUUGGUUUUUGUUCUAAUAAAUUUUGGUGGCUUCAAUGACAUCUCAGUCUUGUACAGCAAGCACAGCCCAAGGAACUUCACUCCUGAACUGGUUGGUUACUUCUUUGCUGAGGUUUUGUUUAUCAAAGGUAUUGGUGUCAUUUUAGGGAUACCACUGAUGUCAAAGAUUCUCAAAUGGUCGGAUCUUACCAUUGCUAUUGUUGGUUCUGUCAUAUCUAUUGGACAAAAUAUUUUUCUUGGAUUUGCCUCUAACAAAUGGAUGAUGUUUGUUGGUGGAUUGAUUGCCAUUGGUGCAGGGAUCACACCACCAUGCAUGAGGUCAAUGAUAUCAAAACAAGUUGAACCUUCAGAGCAAGGUACGACAUUUGCUCUUGUUGCAUCUCUUGAAGUGUUAGAGACACUUCUUGCAUCAUUAAUUUUCAACAGUAUUUACAGUGCCACAGUGGACUGGCUACCAGGAUUUUGUUAUUUUUUGAUGUCUGGAAUGACUGUUUUUCCCAUAAUCUUGCUCAUAUGGUUGUAUGUUUUAGAGAGACAAGGCAAUCCUUAUGCAGUAAUGCAAUCUCCAGAUGUGGAUGGCUUCUCAAAUGGCGAGGAGGCUUUUGCAAGGUCUUCUAUACAGUCAGAGUAUGGAUCAAGCAAGGAUGCAAAAGAUGUAAUCUAGAGCCACAUUUCAGUAAAGUGAACACUGAUUUUUUCCUUGUACACAAAAAAUAAAAGCCUUUUGGAACAGGUGCUCAUGUGACGAACAAUUGUUGCACGUUCCUGGAGCUGUAUCAAUGCAAGAAAUGUGAAGAAACUUUUGUAAGACCAGUUUUAACUGGUCUUACAAAAGUUUUUUCAAAAAUUAAAAUACCUCAAGAAGGUAGUAGUUCUAUCUAGAAGUGAGAUGUACUUGCCCUCAUGUAGAAUUCUCCAUAAUAUAAAGUGCUACAAAAAUAACUGAGACUCUUGUAAUUCUUGGGUGCAGAACGAUCUAGGAUAAAGAAUUUAGCACUUAUUCAGUGAUGUGGGGGGUGAAUAGUGGUGUAUAUUUACCUAGCUGUUUUCUGGUGAGAUAAGUAUCCACCACUUUCACCAACACUAAGGUGAAUUAUUGUUUUAGUAUAAUUACCACACAGAAACUAAGAAAAAUAGGGUUGUUUCCAUCAAAAUAUCAGAAAAUGGUCAGAAAUGAAAUCAAUGUUGUGCAAUUUUGUCUCUUUGGCUGCUUGGAGGUAAAAUGACUGGCUAAUCACUUCCCAACAAGCCAAUCCGCAUGUGCAAAAGCAGUAUUUCAAUUUAAUAAAAUAUCAUUAACAUUUUA